AUGGACGAGCACCUUGUGGACCCUAGCCUCAAGCAGUGGGUGCUCCCGUCCUUCUCGACAACGACCGACAAUGACAUCAUUGUCGGCAGCGUCGUGCUCAUGACUACGAUGAAAACGUACUUCUCGUACAAGAUGUGCCUCCGCUGCGGCAUUCCGCAGGUGACGCUCCUCGGUACCGUCGACGACUGGCUCGACAUUCGCCGUCGCCUCGACAAGCUCUCAGUUUAUGGCGAGCACAUGACGCAGUGGACGUCGAUGCUGGCACCAAUCCUCGACCAGUUUGUGGAAGCCAAGGGCCAACCGGACGUGAAGUUUUGGGACCGCAUCUGCAACCAGGAAGGCGGCGGGUCGGGCCCGAGCUACCUCAACGGCUGGAUCAGUGUCUUUUGUGUCUUCAACGACAAGGGCGAGUGGCAAGGCGACCACAUGUCCGAGAUGCGCUGGGAGCUCAAACCCGAUGCCGAAUAUGACGGAAACAAAGCCUCGGACUACGUCGAGGUCCGCGUCCCGUACGACUACCCGCUCGUAGACAUGGAGGACAUCCCACCGGGGUACCUUACUGUCGACGUGACGAUCAACGACAACGGCAUUGAGCACAAGGCGCUCAUGUUUGCGGGUCACAUGGCGUAUGCGGUGGGCGACAACCAGGCGUCGAUUGCACCGGCGCUGAGCUGGGCGAUCGCGCUCAAGAACGGCGAGCCCGCGCCGCCGUGCAAGCACGAGCGCUUCCAUGCAAAACGCGCGCCGGCCACUCCUCAACUUGAUACAUUUGGUAGUAAAUGUUUUUGA